AUGGGGAAGAAGCAGAAGAAGCCUGGGAAGGGGAAGGAGAAGACGGAGCGGAAGACGGCCAAGGGUGAGGAGAAGCGCGCCCGCCGGGAGGCCCGCAAGAGGAGCAUACAGAAGGAAGAGGCGAAGAAGAAGGAGGUUCAUGUGGAGGAGAAUGUUCCUGCACCAUCUCCUCGGUCCAAUUGCUCGCUUACUGUUAACCCAGUGAAAGAGACAGAAUUGAUCCUGUAUGGGGGAGAGUUCUACAAUGGUAGCAAGACCUUUGUUUAUGGUGAUCUUUAUCGCUAUGAUGUAGAGAAAAAUGAAUGGAAAUUGGUAUCUAGCCCUAACAGUCCACCUCCACGAAGUGCUCACCAGACAGUAGCCUGGAAGAAUAAUAUAUACAUGUUUGGUGGGGAAUUUACUUCACCAAACCAAGAACGUUUUCAUCAUUACAAGGACUUUUGGACAUUGGAUCUGAAAACAAAUCAAUGGGAGCAAAUUCUUGCAAAGAGCUGUCCAAGUGCACGUUCAGGACACAGGAUGGUUCUUUACAAGCACAAGAUUGUUCUAUUUGGUGGCUUUUAUGACACUCUUAGGGAAGUGAGGUACUACAAUGAUCUGCAUGUUUUUGAUUUGGACCAUUUCAAGUGGGAGGAAAUCAAGCCUCGACCUGGGUGCCUGUGGCCAAGUCCAAGAAGUGGCUUUCAGCUUGCUGUUUACCAAGAUCAGAUAUAUCUAUAUGGUGGAUAUUUUAAAGAAGUUUCUUCUGACAAAGAAAAAGGAACAGUUCAUGCAGAUAUGUGGUCUCUUGAUCCUCGUACUUGGGAGUGGAAUAAGGUUAAGAAGGCUGGGAUGCCGCCUGGUCCCAGAGCUGGCUUUUCAAUGUGUGUGCACAAGAAAAGGGCUGUUCUUUUUGGUGGUGUGGUAGAUAUGGAAGUUGAAGGUGACGUCAUUAUGAGCAUGUUCAUGAAUGAGCUGUAUGGUUUCCAAUUGGAUAACCACCGUUGGUAUCCGCUAGAGCUCAGGAAAGACAAGCCUGCUAAAACCAAGGCAAGGAAUAUCAAAAGAAAAGAAUCAACGAAUGAUGUAGAAGCCAAUGUUAUUGAUAAUGAGGGUGAUGAGGUCAUGGAGGACUUAGAACAAGCUAUUGAAGGACAACCUGAAGUCAAUGGAGUUUCAAAUCAGUUGAUCAAGAAUCUGAAUAUCACUAAAGAUAGCUCAAGCAGAAGUAUUGAUGUUCUCUCUGAUUCAACAGCACAAGAAGCAUCGUUGGAGGCGGUGAAGCCCAGUGGUCGUAUCAAUGCAUGCAUGGCCGUAGGGAAAGAUAUGCUCUACUUGUAUGGAGGAAUGAUGGAAGUGAAAGAUAGAGAAAUUACUCUUGAUGAUCUUUAUUCACUUAACCUUAGCAAACUUGAUGAGUGGAAGUGUAUCAUAUCGGCCUCAGAAUCUGAAUGGUUAGAAAUUUCUGAGGAAGAGGAUGAUGAUGAUGAUGAUGAGGCUGAUGACGAUGAAAAUGAAGAGGGGGAUGCUAGCCAGACAGAUGAAGAUGAAGAAGAGUCUGAUGAAGAUGCUGCGAAGAACGUGUCUAGUGCUGUGUCUCUGCUGAAGGGUGAAAGUAAGACCAUGCGUAGAAAAGAGAAGCGUGCUCGGAUAGAACAAAUCAGGGUCAUCCUUGGCCUUUCUGAUUCUCAAAGGACUCCAGUGCCUGGAGAAUCACUGAGAGAUUUCUACAAGAGGACACAUAUGUACUGGCAAAUGGCUGCCUAUGAGCACACUCAACACACUGGAAAGGAGCUCCGCAAAGAUGGUUUUGAUCUCGCCGAAACUCGAUACAAAGAACUGAAGUCGAUACUUGACGAGCUGGCUGUGCUGGAGGCUGAGCAGAAGGCUGAGGAAGAGGCCAGUGCGUCAACUACUUCCAAGAGGGACACCAAGAAACUCAAGCAGAAGAGCGCAGGAAGGUAG